AUGUUUUGGCAAACUCUUCAAAUUGAUUCGAAUAAAUUGACGGCUCCUCGUGGAGGAAACGGAUCCAAGGUUUGGAGCUUAGCCUGCUUCACAACGCUCCCAUGCCUGCCAAUGCCCUCCCAGUCUAAGGUCCCCUCCCAGUCUGGCCCUCCCAGUCUGGCCCUCCCAGUCUGGCCCUCCCAGUCUAAGGUCCCCUCCCAGUCUAAGGUCCCCUCCCAGUCUAAGGUCCCCUCCCAGUCUAAGGUCCCCUCCCAGUCUAAGGUCCCCUCCCAGUCUAAGGUCCCCUCCCAGUCUAAGGUCCCCUCCCAGUCUAAGGUCCCCUCCCAGUCUAAGGUCCCCUCCCAGUCUGAUGUCCCCUCCCAGUCUGAUGUCCCCUCCCAGUCUAAGGUCCCCUCCCAGUCUGAUGUCCCCUCCCAGUCUGAUGUCCCCUCCCAGUCUGAUGUCCCCUCCCAGUCUGAGGUCCCCUCCCAGUCUGAGGUCCCCUCCCAGUCUGAGGUCCCCUCCCAGUCUGAGGUCCCCUCCCAGUCUGAGGUCCCCUCCCAGUCUGAGGUCCCCUCCCAGUCUGAGGUCCCCUCCCAGUCGGACCCUCCCAGUCUGAUGCCCCCUCCCAGUCUGAGGUCCCCUCCCAGUCUGGCCCUCCCAGUCUGAGGUCCCCUGCCAGUCGGUGUCCGGCCCCUGAACCUGUAUGCCGGCAUAAUUCCCCCUCAAUAGCUCCGCUGAUCAAACCUUCUCCCAUCGGUGUGGCUGAUUGCUUGUGAUCUCCUCAUGGAUACAACAACGAGCUUCUGCUGACGGAAAUCCACGCGAUUUGUUGAUUGGCUUAAUGAGAUCCCAGGUCUACUAACACGCAUGUUGACCCUGCAGCGACGUGAUCUGACAUAAUCCGCACGCAUGAUUGGCUAUGAUUAUGUCCCGUUGUUUUUAUCCCCCCCUCCUUAAUGUCUAACACAGUCGCAGCCAAAACGCUCCGAACCACGGUACGCCAAGUCGGCAACGAUUGACGGUAAACGCUCGACUCCCCGUCGAUCGUGCCUAACUUGUGUUGCCCUUCUCUCUGCCGUGUCUCCAUCCAGGCCCCGGGGCAGCUCAGUGUUGUCCCCGCCGAGCGCCACGGCGUUCUGAGGCCCUGUAGAGAUGUACUGACGCCAUGUGGCCAUGUGCUGUGAGUCUAACUGCUUCC